CAACAGGAGCAGCAGCAGCAACCACUGUUUGUAUCUUUGCAUCAGCAUGGCGAACCGUUUCCUGCUGUCUUUAAUACCUUGGUAGACACAAAAGUGGAUGGCUGGAAUGAGAAAAGGCUAUUAAAGCAGGUCAUGCAAGGCAUUGGUCUGAGGCUUCUCGAUUCACCUGUAAACAUACUACACAGUAUGAAGGACGCCGACGUACCUGUUUCAGAAAUAUCACCCACAAAAUUUUUGGAAUUUUUGAAAUCCUUCAAAAGAACUGAUAUCAAACACAGAUGUAACAUUGUGAGUCGGGAUGGUGGUACACAUUUGUCAGAUACCAGCCUUCAAAAUAAGGAAAAUGUUUUCAAACUACUGCUGUACUGCAAACGCAGUGACGAGUUUGUCUCUGAGAUUAUUGGCGUGCCCUUGUGUUUGACUCAGGAUGGGAAACUACGAGAGUUCAUUGAAGGAAGUGAAAUAUUUUGCAGUAAGCAGUUUUCUAUUUUACCUUUGUCCAGCCGGUUGUUUCUUCAUGAAGACUUAGUAUUGCUUUGUGACGAAAAGGAACUCCAGGAAACCAUAUUCAAACGUUUUGAUAUUCCUUCAUUUACUGAGUACUUAGCAGAAAACGUGAGUCAAGAAAAGUAUAGGAGUCCCAGGAAAAUGGUUGAUUGGUUGCCUUAUAAUGAAAACAUUCCCCGUUCAUCAUGGAUUUGCAAUGUGUGGGACUUUUUGGUAGAACAGGAAAAGAAAAGUAAGGACAAACAGGAAGCAGAUGGAUUUCGUUCUGACGCAGGUGAAGUUGUUCGGACCCUUCCCGAAAAUUGGAGACCUGUUGCUCCAUGGAACCUUAUACCAUGUACACUCUUGGAAAAGACAGGCAACCUUGAAACACAGAGGACGGUGUUGUUAUCUUUAUCGAGUUUUGAAGAAGUGUUGGAUAUGAGAUCAUUUACAGGAGAUUUAAAGGAAGCAUUGGAAAAGCUUGGACUUCCCCUUCUUGACACAGAUGUAUUACAAAACUCAUUUCUCACCUCACUGUUACCGCAUGACAAAAUACCGGCUAUGGUUUUGAACUGUUUAUACUUACACCGCAAUGAAACUGGAUUCCAAAAGCUUUUAAACAAGACAGCUGAUGCUAUUUUGGAAUAUUUUGUGAACAAUAUCAAGGAGGUACAAAAGCUUCAGAAUUGGACAACAAAACUGAAAUCACUUCCAUUGCAUUUGACGAUACACAAGGAGCAUGUCUCACUUGAGAUGCAGAAUAGUGUACUCGUGCUUCCAAAUCAAAUACCACCAGAGGGAAUUAAAGAAUGGGGUCAGAAUUCAAGUACACUGAUUUUGAAACAAAAUCCUAAGCUAAAGCCAAUGUAUGAUUCCUUUGAGUACAUAGUGAGUAACACGUGUGAUGUUUACACAAGUCACAUUUUAGCCAAUGUUGAUUGUCUUCCAAGUGAACACAUUCCUAUUCACUUGAAAUACAUAAGGAAUGUGCUUCUUUCAACAUAUGAUAAUCAAUAUACUACCGAUCAGAAAAAUCUGAUUGCUACUCUAAGGAAGUUGAGCAUUUUUGACACAGAAAGAGGGGGACACAGACGUGCACUUGAAUUACAUAGUCCGCAUGUUGGACUUUUUCAGAUCAUGCAACCGCACCAGCUGCACUUUCCAAGUGCUCCUUUUGAUAAACCAGAAUGGCAAUCGUUUAUGGAACUCAUUGGCAUGGUCAAAGAAGCUUCCACUGAGUUGAUAGUUCAGUUUGCUCUGCAGAUUGAAGCAGACGGAAGCCAGACAAUCACGGAUGAAGUUUCAAAGAAAUCCAACUGUUUACUUGAAUACAUCUGGGGUAUCAACAAGUUAGAGAGUACGGGCGUGCUUUCAAGGAUUCGGACUAUAAAGUUUAUUGUGCCAUCACCAAUAUCCUUGAAAGAACAAAACAUUUAUCCACAAUAUGAAUCCGCAAAAUUAAUGGCAUUUGAGGGGGCUGUCCCAGAAAGGUACUGUACCUUUGUCUGGAGUAGCUGUAACAUCCUUCCAAGAAAAGCCAUCCCACCCUCAUAUUAUGACAAGAAGAAAUCAGAUGCAGUAGCAACACAACUGAGGGCGUGCUUGGGAAAACCACCGCUGGGGAAGGUUAUUCAACACACCCAGAAUAUAUGUGAUGCGCUGAAAGAACAGUGUGAAAAAAAACGCUGGCAGAAGAAUGAUAGAUAUCUCCAAAAUCUCAUGUCCGACAUCUAUAAGUAUUUGUGGGAUAAUGGAGCGAAACAGAUCAUUGUUUGUGAGCGUCUUCGUCAGAAACCGUUAGUAUAUUUACCAUCGGAAAACAAAUUUGUGACGUGUGGGAAUCUUGUUAUCCAUCUGGAGGAAUUUGGAGAAAUCAAACCUUACCUAUAUUCGGCUCCAGUGGUGUUUGGUAGUAACUUUGAACUGUUUCAAAUGCUUGGUACACAAGAGAGAUCCACAUGUGCAACGUAUGCAAGAGUGUUGGAGCAAAUCGCACAGGAUGUGAAAGACGAAGAACUUCAUCCAAAUGAAAGAUUGUCUGUGAUUUUUGCUGUAAGUGGUCUCUUUUCACAUUUGAAGAGAACAAACACUGAAAAUCACGCAGGCCUGGAAGUGGCAAUCCUGUAUUUGCCAACCGAAGAGUACAAAAUGGUGGGUUCUACACAAAUGAUUUACUCUAACAACGGUGUUUUUCAUGAUGCAAUAGGGAAGAAAGCAGGCUUGCCUUAUUUUGUUGGUUUCAAAUAUUUAAAGCUACCUUAUUAUAGUAUUGAAACAUUACCAGUCAAAUAUAGACCUCGUAUUUUAACAAAGAUGGUAAGAAAAAGGGUUGAUGUGGCAAAUGUAGAAGUUAUGCAGGGGCCUCAUACAAAACUUCUACAGGAGUUCAUGCAAAGUCCUGAGUUUGUUGAGGGGCUCCUUCGAAUUUCACACCAUGACAAACAUGAGAGACGACUGAAAACAACAACUUCAGUAUCUAAAGAAGUAGAGGAAAGCAGUGUGGUAUCUGGACUUCAGAAAAUCAAAGUGCUACAAGUAAAGGACUUGAAAGUUGACUAUGUUUUUAACGAAGAAGUGGUAGGAUCUAGCACAGAUGUGUUUGGUCAUAUACAAAAGGAUGAAAAUGGCCCACAAGGGUUCGCAUGGAACUUUUACACGAAGGUCCCUGAUGGAAUGGAAAGAAGCCAAUGGGUUAUUGAGAUCGAACAUGAAUUUUUAAAACUGAUCAAGAAAUCCACUGAUAUUGAUUGCUCGAGGUAUGGAUCACUGAUGCUGAAAAUUCUCAUGGCAAUGGAUCACCCAGAAAACAUUUCUUUCAUUUUGGAUCGAAACGGGCUUCAAGAAUAUUGGAUGAAUGCGUCACUUUUGGAAAGUUUUCUCCCAGAAUGUGGGACUUAUGUUCAUAAAAAGUGGCAUCACAUGCUGGACAACACCACAUUUAUGUUUGACAAAGGGGAAUAUGUGGCACUACAUCUACAUGAUCAGGAAGAAAAUGAUUCUGAGGAAAGCGACAUGUACAUAUUUGCAAUGAUAGUGAAGCAAAUAGAUUGUGAUACGGAGGGAGACUUAUCGCAAGAACUGACCAAAUACAAAGUAGAUGUUGGAGAAGACAGAAUUCUUGAAAAAUAUGCUUACGAUAUAUAUAAAAUUCUUAGGAAGAAAACAAAUUCCAAGGAACUUGUCAUUGCUGUUGAAGUUGCCAACGAAAUGCCUGCUAAGACGAUACCUCUUGAAGUGAAUUUCAGAGAAGUUAGAAGAAAGCUUUUGGCUAUGUGGGCUUUACCAGAAAUGGAAAGAAAACGGAUCUUUAAGAGAUACCUAAGGCGAUGGCACCCAGACAAGAACGCCGGUAAUGAGAAACAGGCAACAGCCACUUUCCAGUACAUCAUGUUCGUAUGGGACAGACUCACGAAUGGUGAUCCUGUUAAGGUUGACGAUGAUGUCGACCCCUCGAAUUAUUUUCAUUCUCGACCAUCCACAAACCAGGGUUUCUAUGAUAAUAUCUAUCGCCAAUGUUCUAGAGAAAGAGAAUGGCAUCAAGCAUCAUCGGGGCCGAGAGGAGGGCGACAAAGAUCCCACUAUCGUGACAAUGAUCCCGUGUCUAACCCAAUGCAACAAAGGAAGUGGUUCAAACAGGCAGAACUUGAUCUUUGUGCAGCAGAACAUUUCAUGGAGUCAGCAGAGGAUGUGCAAGGGUUCAAUUGGAUAUGUUACAUGUGCCAUCAGGCAGUGGAGAAGUCGCUGAAGUCGAUGGUGUAUGGAAAAAAUGCCAAUAAUGUCACCAGAGGUCACGACAUUUGUCAGAUAGCAUCAUCUUUAAAUGAUGCUUCCCUAUUAAAUGCCGUUGGUGAAAUACAAACCCUCCUUGGAAACCACACAUUCAUGCGAUAUCCGGAUGUACAUGCAGCGGGAAGGAUUCCCUCGACGUCCUUCACCAGAAAUCAAGCAGAAUCAGCUCUCAGGAUAGCAAAGAGGAUCCUGGAGGAAGUGAACACGAAGAACUAAA